GAAGGAACAAGAAAAGGAAGUAAAAGAGAAAGGGGGAGGGGACAGGCAAGUUGCUGUCCGGCAUCCGUCUAGGGAGUGAAGGAAAAAAGUUCUCAGGCGCCGCAGGUCCCGGUUUCUCGCAGCCCCUCCCGAGGCGCAGCCGCCAGACCAGUGGAGCCGGGGCGCAGGGCGGGGGCGGAGGCGCCGGGGCGGGGGAUGCGGGGCCGCCGCGCAGCCCCCCGGCCCUGAGAGCGUAGAGAGCGUUGCUCCCGCCGUCCAGAACAGCCCGGCCCGCAGCCCUUAUCGCUUCUCGCGUCUGGGCUCGUCGAGCCGGGGCGCGCGGGCGGAGCCCUCGCCCGCCUGGUCCGGGUGCGCUUCGGGGUAGGCAGAAACCAUGGAUCCCGGGCAGCAGCCGCCGCCUCAGCCAGCCCCCCAGGGCCAAGGGCAGCCGCCCGCGCAGCCCCCACAGGGGCAGGGCCCGCCGUCCGGACCCGGGCAGCCGACACCCCCAGGGUCCCAGGCGGCGCCGCAGGCCCCCCCGGCCGGACACCAGAUCGUGCACGUCCGAGGGGACUCGGAGACCGACCUGGAGGCGCUUUUCAACGCCGUCAUGAACCCCAAGACGGCCAACGUUCCCCAGACCGUGCCCAUGAGGCUCCGGAAGCUGCCUGACUCCUUCUUCAAGCCUCCAGAGCCCAAAUCCCACUCCCGACAGGCCAGUACUGAUGCAGGCAGUGCAGGAGCCCUGACUCCACAGCAUGUUCGAGCUCAUUCCUCUCCAGCUUCCCUGCAGCUGGGAGCUGUGUCUCCUGGGACACUGACCCCCACUGGAGUGGUCUCUGGCCCAGCAGCCACACCCACUGCUCAACACCUUCGGCAGUCUUCAUUUGAAAUACCUGAUGAUGUACCUCUGCCAGCAGGCUGGGAGAUGGCGAAGACAUCUUCUGGUCAGAGAUACUUCUUAAAUCACAUAGAUCAGACGACAACAUGGCAGGACCCCAGGAAGGCUAUGCUGUCCCAGCUGAAUGUUACAGCCCCUACCAGUCCACCAGUGCAGCAGAAUAUGAUGAACUCGGCCUCAGGUCCUCUUCCUGAUGGAUGGGAACAAGCCAUGACUCAGGAUGGAGAAAUUUACUAUAUAAACCAUAAGAACAAGACCACCUCUUGGCUAGACCCAAGGCUUGACCCUCGUUUUGGUAAAGCCAUGAACCAGAGAAUCAGUCAAAGUGCUCCAGUGAAACAGCCACCACCUCUGGCUCCCCAGAGCCCUCAGGGAGGAGUUUUGGGUGGUGGCAACUCCAACCAGCAGCAACAGAUGCGGCUGCAGCAGCUGCAGAUGGAAAAAGAGAGACUACGACUGAAGCAGCAAGAACUGCUUCGGCAGGUGAGGCCACAGGCAAUGCGGAAUAUCAGUCCCAGCACAGCAAAUUCUCCAAAAUGUCAGGAAUUAGCUCUCCGGAGCCAGUUACCAACACUGGAGCAGGACGGUGGGACUCAAAAUCCAGUGUCUUCUCCUGGGAUGUCUCAGGAGUUGAGAACAAUGACGACCAAUAGCUCAGAUCCCUUCCUGAACAGUGGCACCUAUCACUCUCGAGAUGAGAGUACAGACAGUGGACUGAGCAUGAGCAGCUACAGUGUCCCUAGAACCCCAGAUGACUUCCUGAACAGUGUUGAUGAAAUGGAUACAGGUGAUACUAUCAACCAAAGCACCCUACCCUCACAGCAGAAUCGUUUUCCAGACUACCUUGAAGCCAUUCCUGGGACAAAUGUGGACCUUGGAACACUGGAGGGAGAUGGAAUGAACAUAGAAGGAGAGGAGCUGAUGCCAAGUCUUCAGGAAGCUUUGAGUUCUGACAUCCUUAAUGACAUGGAGUCUGUUUUGGCUGCCACCAAGCUAGAUAAAGAAAGCUUUCUUACAUGGUUAUAGAGCCCUCAGGUAGACUGAAUUCUAAAUCUGUGAAGGAUCUAAGGAGUUAAGACACACAUACCAGAAAUUUUUAAAAUAAGCCAGUUGCGAUCUUCUGGCUGAUACAGAAAAAGAUGAACAAACGUCCAGCAAGAUUCUUUCAUCCACUAUUUUGCUCUUCCUUGUCCAUUGCUGCUGUUAAUAUAUUGCUGACCUCUUUCAUAGUUGGCCCUAAAGAAUCAAAAAAACUUUUUUGUUUCUUUUGCUAUUAUAACUACUGUUUGUUUUGGGGGCUGGGGGAAGUGAGCCUGUUUGGAUGAUGGAUGCCAUUCCUUUUGCCCAGUUAGAUGUUCACCAGUCAUUUUAACAAAUAGACUUGGAAGUCAAAUGCUUCAUGUCACAGCAUUUAGUUUGUUUAAGCAAUUAUUUCUUAAGCUGCCUUUGGCCAGUGAAAAACAUGACUUACUGGUCUGACAAGCCAAAAAUGUUGUGUCUGAUACUGAGUACUUAAUGCUGAUUUGGAGAGAUAGCUGAAACCAAGGCUAAAGACUGUUUUAUUUUCAGUGUUCGUUGUUUUUUCCUCCUAGUGCUAUAUCAUUAGUCACAUAGUGACCUUGAUUUUAUUUUAGGAGCUUAUAAGGCAUGAGACAAUUUCCAUAGAAAUAUAUUAAUUAUUGCCACAUACUCUAGUAUAGGUUUUGGUGGGUUUUAUUGUGGAAUUGUUUUGCUUGGUUGGUUGGGGUUUUUUGUGGUUUUGUUGUUAUUGUUGUUGUUGUUAUUUUCUGGAACCAAGGCAAAUUACCAUAUUAGUGAAUCUUUUUAUCAUUGUAUCUGGGACAAUUAUUGUAGUUUCUUUGGUAAAAAUCUUCAUUUCCUGAUUUUUUUACCUUCUUAUUUAAAUCUUGAUUUUCUGCUCUCUCUAUAUAUAUACCCCCACACACUUAUAAGUUUAUGUGAUAGUGUAAUAGCAGAAUGUAUUUUUUUUUUAGGCUUCCCUAUUUUUCCAGUUUGUUUUAAAACAGUAGCUUUGAAUGUAUGCAUUUAGAAUACAUGACUAAUAGUUUAUAUUUCACAGGUAGUUUAAAUCUGGUUGGGGCAGUCUACAGAUGUUGGAGGUAAUUUAGUGUUCUGGAAAGAGCAGUUGUUAUAGACAGUGCCUAAAGGAAUAAUGUAUAUCUUCCGGGCACAUAAGGAAUAUUAUCUGAUGAAUUUGAAAAAAAAACAACCAAGAAAUGGCUUUAUUUUCCCCUUAUUACUCCCUUGGACUAAUUAUAAGUCACUGAGUAGGUUUAUAAUGUACAUGACAAAAGUAAGCUUUAUGUGGUCAUUCACCUUCCUUUAGCUUUAGAAGUUUUAUCUUCACCUUAGUUUUGAAAGUAAAGUCUAGUAUUUUAGUCAUCAUUUAUAAUGAACACAUUAAAGACUACAUUGAAAUAUUGCCUAUAAGACUGUUCUUACUUAUAAGACUUGCUCCUACUUCUGUAUGAUGAGAAUUGACCCUGGACAGUAUAAUACUGUAAGGUCAUGCAUUAGCUGGUGAAAUGAUCAGAUUAAUAAAUGUAUAUUGGUAGUUGAAUUUAGCAAAGAAAUAUAGAUAAUCAUGAUUAUACUUUUAUUUUUACAGUAAGAGAUAUAACUAGAGUAUGUGUCUACAGGACUCAUAAUGGUUUCCAAAGAGUAUUUUUUAAAGGAAAAAAAAUGAGCACGAGUCAACUCUUCAGUAUAAGCUAUGAAGCAAUAGUUGGUUGUGAAUUACAGUGGCACCAGCUAGUACCUUUGUGAUUAAGGGUCUGUCAGUGUUUCUAGAGUAAGCCCUUAUUUUCAAGGGUUUAUAUCAGGCAUAAAAUCUCUUUUCCUGGCUAAAACUGCUAUGAAAUGCCUCAGCUUGGAAAGAUAGAUUUUUUUUCUAAUUACAAAAUCUAAGUAUUUUGACCCUUCAAUUUAGAGUGCAAAAAAAGUUGGAAGUAAAGAAGUUUUUAUAGUAUUUUCAGUGCUCAAAAAAAAAAAAGCAAUCACUGUGUUGUAUAUAAUGAUUCAUAGGUCAGUCACUCAUAAUAAUUGACUCUAAGGUUUUUAUUAAGAAAACAGCAGAAAGAUUAAAUCUUGAAUCGAGUCUGAGGGAAAAUGGCCACUGUGCAGAUGCAUUGAUUUUUUUUCUUUUUUUAGAGCAAUAAUGAAAUUCUACCUAGAAUGUAUAAUUGAGUACAUGGAUGAUGUAGCAUGUUGGGUUUUUUUUACACUUGAUCUUAGCCAAAAGGCGGAGAAGCGCGCGCAUGUUGGAUUUUAAAUGUGCAGAAGAUCAAAGAGAGGAGUGCCUGUAAUUUGCCAGUAAGCUGAAAAUAAAGAUUGUAUCUUAUAUAUCAGCAGACUAGCUCUAGAUAAGGGAGAGGGAGGGGCGGGGUUGUGAAGACUUUAGUGGGAUUUUGAUAGAGAACUUUAUAACUUUUUUCUUCAGUAAAAACUUAUCUUGCUGUCAGUAAAGGCAGUUGUUCCUAAAAUUUCAAAGUAUACCCACAAAAUAAGAAUAUGGCAUUCUUCAUUUCCCCUCAACUUUAAUUUGCCCAGUUAUACCUCAAUGUUGUAGCAGCACUGUGGUAGCUGACAUAGGCAGUGCUUGGUUCUUACACCCUCUGUACUGACCUAAGGGAGACCUAAGAGUCCUUUCUCUUUCUGAGUUUAAUCACAGCCUCAGUGUGGUCUUGUUUUAUGUCCUUGUUCCUAAUGUAAAUGUGUUUAACGGCUUCUUGGUUGUUUUGGGUAGCAUUGGGUUAAGAUUUUAACUGGGUAUUCUUGAAUUGCUUUUACAAUAAACCAAUUUUUAUAAUCUUUCAAUUUAUCAGCUUUUUACAUUUGUGUUCUUUUCCAUUAGGGCUUCUAAGAUCUACUUAUCAGUUCAUAGAGCAUAUUGAUUUAGAGUUUCAGAUUUUCUAAAGCACUAUUUGCUAUAAAAACUAUUUUCUAAAUAUAGUACCUUUUUUAAAAAAGAACAAAGGAAGUAACUUUUAUAAACAAACAAUGUUGAUGCCUCCUAUAUGGAACCUUGGCAGAAACACUGAAAAUAAUAGAAAUUAAUUGUGUGAUUCAUAAUUCAUACCAAUCAGUGUUGACACUCAAACUGUGCAAAGUGGAGCCAAUAUCCAGUGACUAACAGCUUCGUAGUUUUUGCACAUUUGAGAGGUGAGUGCUCAGAUGAGUUUUAUCUUCCGCCAGCAUGUUUUUAUAAGAAUUGGGGGUGUGCCUAUCCUAACAAUUGUUUU